CACUAUCAUUUGAAAGCAGCAUACAUAUAUAAUAUAUAUAAUACAUAAGUAUAUUAUGAAUUGGAAGCGGAUGAAAAACGUAAACACACCGACUUCCUGGUUUCCGGCAAGAUGGUUGCUCCCUGUCGCCUCCUCCUUGAUUCAGAUAAAGGCCCUUCGGUGGAAUCGUCCCUCUGAGCCCUGACAUGGCUCACUCACAGAUCCGACUGAGGAUCCUCCCCGGAGUUCGCUGUCUCUUCGACAAACUGGUGCAGGUCAGAGUAGACGGACUGGCUCCUUUCAAACCAGUAGAGCUAAGGUCAAAGCUAGUGGAUGACCGAGGGGUGAUCUUCAAGGCCUCCGCCCUGUACAAGGCGGAUGAAAGCGGCCGGUUGGAUGUUUCCCGCUCACCUUCCCUGGAAGGAAGCUACACCGGAGUGGAGCCCAUGGGUCUGUUCUGGGCCAUGUCUCCAGACACUGCGCACAGCAAACUGCUGAAGAAGAAUGUGCUCAGCCCGACACUGGUGGAGAUAGCAGCGGUAAGUCAGGAGACUGGUAAGCUGCUGGGCUCUGAAACUGUGGAGCGAGGGUUCAUGACCGAAGGGAUGAAGAGAGUUCCUGUGCAAGAGGGCAGAAUACGAGGAGUCCUCUUCAUUCCACCAGGAGAGGGUCCGUUCCCUGGAAUUGUGGACUUGUACACGUUUGGUGGAGGUCUCAGUGAACCCCGAGCCAGCCUCCUGGCAAAUAAGGGCUUUGUGGUUUUGGCUCUGGCUUAUUAUGGCUACCAGGAUCUACCGAAAAAUCCCCCAAAACUGGAUCUGGAAUACUUUGAAGAAGCUGUAACCUAUCUGAGGAGCCAGCCAGAAGUCAAAGGUCCCGGGGUUGGCAUCAUCUCCAUCUCUCACAGUGGAGCUUUGGCUUUGUCAAUGUCCUCUUUCCUACAGGGGAUCACAGCCACCGUCUGUAUCAACAGCUGCAUUGGAAACACUGUUAUCCCCCUCCAUUAUAAAGACACUGUAAUACCCCCGCUCCCUCCUGUCCUCAAGAAUGUUAAAGUAACAGACUCGGGGCUGUUUAGUAUACGCGACGCCUUUACAGGCCCGACCUUGGAGCAGAACCAAGCAUCCUUGAUCCCGAUUGAACGGGCCAGCUGCCACUUCCUGUUUGCGGUCUCUGAAGAUGACCAGAACUGGAACAGUGCUCUAUUUGCUCAACACGCCGCUGCAACGCUGAGAAGUCACGGCAAAGAAGAGUCCUUUGAAGUGGUGACUUAUCCCAGAGCGGGACACUUUCUGGAGGUCCCUCACAUGCCUCACUGUCCGUCCAGCUUUCACGCUGCAGUGGGGAACGCCGUGCUGUUUGGUGGCGAGCCAAAAGCCCACUCCGAGGCUCAGCUGGACCUGUGGGAACGAGUCCAGGAGUUCUUCAAGAGCCACUUGGACAAGGAGAGCACUUGUUAGCAAGGAGUGUUGAGUCAAGCUUGUCAAGCAUCCCAGAACGGCCGUCCUUAGCUAUGCUCGCCUCGUCUGGAAUUUCUAAUGAAUUUAACAAACACUGCCAGCUCUGUAAGCGUCAACGUGCCGUGGGUCACAUGGAGCAGAAGUUUAAAAGCCUCUUUUUUGAUUUUCUGCCUAAUUAGUCCAUUGUUGUGCGUUUACUAGAAUAACAUAACACAAUUUUUGCUGUUGUGGGAAAAAGGAACUAUUGUCGAGACCAUAACUAUUUGGACGGUGACACUUUUCAUGAUUCUGCCUCUGUACACUAAUCAAAUGGGUUUUAAAUGAAGCCAUGAAGAUGUUAUAGAGGAGUAGAUUAACACUUUAAUUCCUGUUGUUUAUAACAGUGAAGCACAGAUUUAAGAUUAUAUCUAAAAUGAUCAUAUUUAUUCAAUAUAAAAAUGAUUGUAACCUUCUGAUUUGUUAUGUCGUCUUUGUUAUUAUCUCAUACCUUAUUAAACUGACCAAGAAUGUUUAAAUGGAAA